CCUGGCGAGUGUGCGCGGGGGCGCGCGUGCGCGGCCCGGGAGGAGGCUCCCGAGCGAGUCGGCCGAGGCGGCGCAGCCCGCUCCCCCGCGCCCUAUGUGAGGGAAUCGGGGAGGCCCGCGGCGCGCCGGGGAGGGCGAGGCAUGUGCACGGGCCGGGGGGUGCUGCGGCCGCCCGAGGAAGAGGAGGACGGCGGCGGCGGCGAGGAGAGUGGAGGGCUCGCGGCGGCGGGCCCGGGCGGAGGGGAUGCAGUGGACUGUGUGUGUCUGGCUGUAGCUGACGCGAGGCGGCGAGGAGGCGCCGGAGAUCUGCGAGAAGGGCGACCGGGAGGCGGCGGCGGUGGCGGCCGCGAGAAGUAGCAGCAGGACGGGCGGCGGCGGAGACGGCAGCCCUGAGAUGCAUUUUCCUCUCCAGCGGCCAUGUUAACCAGGAAACCUUCGGCCGCCGCUCCCGCCGCCUACCCGACCGGCCGAGGAGGGGACAGCGCCGUUCGUCAGCUUCAGGCUUCCCCGGGGCUCGGUGCAGGGGCCCCCCGGAGCGGAGUGGGGACCGGCCCGCCCUCCCCCAUCGCCCUGCCGCCUCUCCGGGCCAGCAACGCUGCCGCCGCAGCCCACACGAUUGGCGGCAGUAAGCACACAAUGAAUGAUCACCUACACGUCGGCAGCCACAGCCACGGACAGAUCCAGGUUCAGCAGCUGUUUGAGGAUAACAGCAACAAGCGGACAGUGCUCACGACACAACCAAAUGGGCUUACAACAGUGGGCAAAACGGGGUUGCCCGUGGUGCCGGAGCGGCAGCUGGAGAGCAUCCACAGACGGCAGGGGAGCUCCACCUCUCUGAAGUCUCUGGAAGGCAUGGGGAAGGUGAAAGCCACUCCCAUGACACCCGAGCAAGCAAUGAAGCAAUACAUGCAAAAACUAACCAGCUUUGAACACCAUGAGAUUUUCAGCUACCCUGAGAUAUAUUUCUUGGGUCCAAAUGCAAAGAAGCGCCAGGGCAUGACAGGCGGGCCCAACAACGGUGGCUACGAUGAUGACCAGGGAUCCUACGUGCAGGUGCCCCACGAUCACGUGGCCUACAGGUACGAGGUCCUCAAGGUCAUUGGGAAGGGGAGCUUCGGGCAGGUGGUCAAGGCCUACGACCACAAAGUCCACCAGCACGUGGCUCUGAAGAUGGUGCGGAACGAGAAGCGCUUCCACCGGCAGGCGGCCGAGGAGAUCCGCAUCCUGGAGCACCUGCGCAAGCAGGACAAGGACAACACCAUGAACGUCAUCCACAUGCUGGAGAACUUCACCUUCCGCAACCACAUCUGCAUGACGUUCGAGCUGCUGAGCAUGAACCUCUACGAGCUCAUCAAGAAGAACAAGUUCCAGGGCUUCAGCCUGCCUUUGGUUCGCAAGUUUGCCCACUCCAUCCUGCAGUGCCUGGACGCUCUGCACAAAAACAGGAUCAUUCACUGUGACCUGAAGCCUGAGAACAUUUUAUUGAAGCAGCAGGGUAGAAGUGGGAUUAAAGUGAUUGAUUUCGGCUCCAGUUGUUACGAGCAUCAGCGGGUCUACACAUACAUCCAGUCCCGUUUUUACCGGGCCCCGGAAGUGAUCCUGGGCGCCAGGUACGGCAUGCCCAUUGACAUGUGGAGCCUGGGCUGCAUCCUCGCGGAGCUCCUCACUGGUUACCCCCUCUUGCCUGGGGAGGACGAAGGGGACCAGCUAGCCUGUAUGAUUGAACUGCUGGGCAUGCCCUCCCAGAAACUGCUGGAUGCCUCCAAACGAGCCAAAAAUUUUGUGAGCUCCAAGGGUUAUCCCCGUUACUGCACUGUCACGACUCUCUCGGACGGCUCCGUGGUUCUCAACGGAGGCCGUUCCCGGAGGGGGAAACUGCGGGGCCCACCAGAGAGCAGAGAGUGGGGGAAUGCACUGAAGGGGUGUGACGACCCCCUUUUCCUUGACUUCUUAAAACAGUGUUUAGAGUGGGAUCCUGCGGUUCGCAUGACCCCUGGCCAGGCUUUGCGGCACCCUUGGCUGAGGAGGCGGCUGCCAAAGCCUCCGACGGGGGAGAAGACGUCAGUGAAAAGGAUCACCGAGAGCACUGGUGCUAUCACAUCCAUUUCCAAGUUACCUCCACCUUCCAGCUCAGCUUCCAAACUGAGGACUAAUUUGGCACAGAUGACAGAUGCCAACGGGAAUAUUCAGCAGAGGACAGUGUUGCCAAAACUUGUUAGCUGAGCUGAGUCCCGUCCCCCCCACCCCCGCCCAUUGCUGGUAAUUCUGAAAGAUACGACAUUGCUGAGCCUUACUGGGUUGAAAAGGAGUAGCUCAGACCUGUUUUUAUUUGCUCAAUAACUCGACUCAUUUGUAUCUUUUCAGCACUUAUUUUAAUGUAAGAAAGAUGUUUGUUUUGUUUUUAUAAAAUACAUGGGGACAAUGCUUUAAGUUUUUAUACUUUCUGGAGCUGUUUUUGUGUUCUAAAAGUACGAUGAGCCUUACUGUAUUUAGUGUGGCAGAGUAAUAAACAUCAGUGGCAGGCCAUUGAUUAUGUCAUGACUGCCGCGCAUCCGCAGAUUGGUGUCAAAGACAUUCACUAUGUUUUCAUGGUUCAUAGUCUCUUCUCCCCAGGGUGAUUGCUUCCAGAGUCGUCCCCCCCAUCCACACUCCAGGUUCAUGCACAGGUGUAGCCUGUCCUGCUUCCAUUCUCCCCAAGUCGCCCUGGUGGGAGUGAUGGUGGGAGGGGAAUGGUCAGGACAAAAAUGAUAUUCUAAGAAAAACUGCACCUUAAGAGGUUUCCCCCACCCCACCCCCUCAACUAGUGCUCAAAGACAAAAACAUAAAAUCCCCAAAGUUGAAAUGCCCAGUUAGCAUUCAGCCCUUCUAAAGGCCGGCCAGGCCUACCCAGUGGAAAAAUGGAAAUGUGUGUUCCUCUAAAUUCUCUAAUGUGACCAGUGAGCUCUUUUGCAAAGAAGCCUUGUUUAACAGAAUUGGUUGUGCACCUAAAUUUAGAAAUGCAUUUCACGAACUGUUCCUCCCUUCUCUUUGCUUUUCUUCCUGCUGUUCCUCUUCACCCCACAUCUGUUGCUUGCAUUUAAGUUUUUUUCUUCCUUUCAAUAUACAUCCCAGACUGUUAAUACAGAAGAAAGACAUUUCAGCUGAGAUUAUGACCAUCGUUGUAUAUUCGAAUUUCCGAAAGGACAGCCUAGCUGCUUAAGAUGGGGAUUUCCAUAGUUCCAAAGAGGUUUAGCAGAUUAGAGUGAGUUUACAUUUUUUCAGGUGCCACCGUAAGGUUCUCUUAGCCUGGGAAAGCAUCAACUCUUUAAAAGAAAAAGAGGGUUGAAGAUCCUCUUCAUGGACAGAAAUCACUGUGCUUGUUCAGCAAAGCUGAUUUUAACAAAUUCACAGGAGGAAGAGUUGAGUCUCAAGUUAAAUGAUUUGACUUAUUCUUUGCAUCAUUAGAAGAACCACAGAAGUUGCAUUCCUCUGUUUUAUUUUACUUUCAUUUGGAUUGCACUGAUUGUUUUUGUGGGAAUGACACUUUACCUGGAAAAGUAACUGCGAGUGAGGUAAAAGAAUAGUUUCUCCUCCGAAUACUAUAUUCUUUUCACAGUGAAAAUUUCAGUAUUUUAUCACUAAUGUAUGAGCAGUGAUAUAUAUCAAUUUCAAGGCACGUGGAAAAAAUUUUUUUAGUGUGUGCAAUUUAAUAUAGAAAGAUUUUGCCUGUUUGGACAAUAGGUUUGGGGUAGUAUAAAUUAGGAUCAAUUACUCUUUUAUAUGCACAGAUAUUAUUGUAUUGCCUGUAAAUUGAUUUACAAGUACUUAAAGCAUGGUCCCCAGUGAGGCCAAGAAAGUUUCCGGUUAAGUUCUUUUAAUAUUAAUCCUACAGUUUCUCUUACUUUGAAAAAAAAAAGUCAAAAAGUAGCUUUGAGCAAAAGACUUGACUUAUCUUGAGGUUUUGUCAGUUGAUGGUGGAGAAAAAUGCUCAGGAAAUAUUACAGAUAUUUGCCAAAAAACACAGUAAUAAGAUUAGCUUAUUAAUAAGAUAGUGAUGUUGGUAUUUGCUUUACUAUUUAAGGGCGUCACCGAUAAAUUAAUUUAUACUUGUAGAAAUUAUAGCUUCUUUCCCCAAAUUCUUUAGCCUGUUGUACACAUUUCUGUGUAAUUUGUGGAAGUGCAAUAAUACAUUAGUAAGUUGCAUUUUAAAUGAUGCUCAUGUGAUGAUGCUCCCAAUCAGUGGCUUAUAGAGCUUAAAGAUUGUGUAUUAACUAUUCCAAUUUUGGCUUAAAGGCAUAAGAAGCGUAAGACUUGGUGUGGUGGCUUUGUAAAACCACAAGCCUCUUUAAUGAGGGUUCGUGUCUUUAAGUCGUUAAAAUAUAAGCAAAAACAGAAAGGCUGUUUUCCCCUUGCAAUGCUCCUCUUCCGUAUGUACUCUCAAGAUUUUCACUUUUGGGUUUUAAGUAUGUGAACCUGAGCCUACCAUUAAUAUGAAUUUCCCUAUAAAAUGAUUAUACAUGUGAAAAUUUAUAAAUGGACUAAUACUGCUUGUCUCCUCUCCCACCACAUAAAACUGGUUCUUUAGAUGCCAACAGUGCAUUUGUGACUGUCUUUAUUCACAAAUGUAACCGGAAACUUUUAAGCCAAACUAUACUGUGUAAGCGCUACGGGGCUUCCCCUGACACCGCACCCCCUAAAUACAGUAACAUUUACCUUAUUCACCAGAGCCACCAUGUUCAGUGUUUAGUACUAGAGCUGCUUUUUAAAAAAUGCUAGCUUCAUUAUAAUGUCAAAAAAAAAAAAUACUGCAUCGUGAUUUUCAAACAAACGAAUGAAGGGCUCUGAUAGGCUACUCGGAGUUGACUUGGAAACCAUCCUUGGUCUCACAGGUUACCAUUGUCUAGGGAUGUCUGAGCCGUUUUCAGAUUUAGGAAUAGCACAGUGUCGUCUUGUCUUUGGUCGCGGUCUCAUCUGGCUCCGUUUCUUGCACCCCCAGAGCGUGCAUUACCACUUCAGUGUAUUGCCACAAGAGUGAAACCACAGUGAUGCAAGGCAGUGUAGACGAACAGUAGAGGAGAAAUUGUGCCCUUAGUGUUGACAAUGUGCCUUUUGUUCUGAACGCCAUGUUGUAGGGCUUGCAUUUUUUGACCUCUUUAACUCUUUGAAUACUAGACAGUAAGGCCGGAACCCACCUCUGCAAAGAUCCAUCUAUCUGUCUUAAACAUCCAGUUACUCACAGGCCUUAAUAGAAACCAUAAGGCGUGAAUCAUCGUCAGGCACGGAGAAAGGUAACCACUGGUUAGUUACACAGGGACUUCUUAGGUGUAAGGGGUUAAAGAUGGUCUCUGUUGUAUCUUAACAUCAGACUGAUUUUUUAAAUGAUAUAUUUUUUGUUGUUGUUGUUAGGCGAAUGACACUAGACAAAAAUCAACUGUAUUUGUAAAAAUUUACCUCAGACCAUUUAAUUUUAUAGUGUGAUUAAUCCCAGGGCAUUUGGUAUGAACCAAAGUGCAUUCCUUUUCUAUGUGCCUGGCUCUAGUAAGGAUGGCCAGGGAUUUUUACUAUUUGGGUGCAAGGCACUUAAGCCACUUUUAAACUUAAUGGGUGGUUUGGAGUCAUGUGGAAGGACUCCAUCAGAAUGUUAGGAGACACUUUAGGCAUCAGUAGCAUUGGGCCAUAUUGGAAUCUUCAAAGUGUGAAUUAUUUUGAAGAGCAUUCAUUUUUGUAAUUUUUUUCAUCAAGAAUAUUCUGGUAAGCAGAAGACUUUUUAAAAAAAAACAAUUGAUUGGUUGGUACAGGUUUUAAUAUUGCCCAACAUAAUGCUGUGGUAGCAUUAAAAAAAAAAAAGUAUUUGUGAACUCUUUGUUUCUUAGGGGCUUGUACAUCUCUCUGCUAUGGACAUAGAUUAAAAUUGUAAUUAUACUCAGCUCAACUGCUACAGUUAUGUCUAGGCAGUGGCUUGGGUUUUUAUCGAGCAACAACUUAGACACGUGACUGUAAUAUGCUGCAACUGUGUGUACUGAAAAUAUGUGAAAAUGGUUGAAUGUGGACUGUGUAUAUAUGUAUGUAAAAAUUUCUGUGAGAUGCUGCUGUCGCCACUUAACAUGAAAUAAUGUUCUAGUGGAUUUUAAUCCCAGUGGCCAGUUCUAUGAUACUGUAUGUAUUGUACAGCUGAUGACAGGAGUAAGACUGUUCAGUGAAUAUUUGUUAAAUUUUAUUGUCGUGGCCAGAGAUAAUUUCAGAAUAAAAUUUUAAUGUCCUACCUUACUUUUCUCCCCUUUUCUAACUAUAAUUUUACUCCUGAUCUAUUUCUGGUAUUACUCUUGGUCUGGUAGCCUGGAGAGAGUUUAGCAUACAAGUAUUUUUCAGCAAUCACUGAUUUUUUUUUUUUAAUUUGUACCAUAUAAAUGUACCAAUUCCAAGUAAGACAAGUUUUACUUGGUAACUCUUGCUUUUCUCAUAUUCUGUUCUUUUACUUUUAGUAUUUCAGUGUUAAUUUUCCUUUAUAGAGCCCCUGCUAUGUUCUCUGUCAUGUAGAUCUAGUAUCUUGCUAGAAAUUGGGGAGGGGGAGGGUUGUUUUUUUUGUUUGUUUGUUUUUUAACUUUCAGGUUGCUAGUUAAGUUGUGGGGGAGCAGAGUCUAAAUUAUCCCCUCCCUGCCCCCCAGCCUUCAUUCUUUUCUGGUACACAAGAUCUGGUAAAUUAUUCUCAUGUGCUUUUCCUGACUCCCCCAUAUGCUUUUUAAUGGUUAUGCUUUUGCCAUUGUACUUGGUGGGCUCUUUGGUUCACAUUUUUGGGAGUUUUAACGGAUCCUUUUGUCAUGACUGGAUCAGAAAAUAAGGCCUGUGAACUGCAACUGGCUCAUGAUUUGUCAAGUUCAGUUAAUACCAAGCUAAGAGUUUACUCACAGAUGACAGCGAGCAGAUGCUCUGGUAAUUUGUCAGACAUUGCAGGGGUAUUAUGUAGACAAAUAUUUCCCUCUUGUGGAAAGAACUACCUCACAUUUUUAUUUACACCCCUCCUGCCACUAACAGCCAAAGAAUUACUUAGUGUGGCUUCCUGCAGCAGAAGUGGGAUUUGCUAAAACAAGGGCAUACCGCCGGAGUUCCCAAUCCCGGACUUGGUCUCAUCAUAGCCUAGGCUAGAGACUAACACAGUUGCUUCUCAGAGUUCUUACCCAGUGAAAAUAUAGCAACCGAGAAACCCCAUCUAUUUAGGUUUAAAUUUUUAAGAGAUGUGCAUUAUGAAUAAAAAUGAAAGUUGAUGCUAAAGCAGCAAUUUAAAUUUAAAAUAGAUUGUUCAGCUCUGGCUUAGAACAGAUUACAGCUCCCAGUCAUUCUCUUACCACCAGAUCUUUUCAAAAUUCUUUCUUAAAUUGAUAGCUGCUCUAUUCUAUUUGCGUUUCUAUAACUUUUUCCCUUUUGGAAAGGCACCAGGCAGUUGCCUUCAAACUAGCACCGGAGGAUGGUCCUAGCUAGCACUGGCAGUGGUCUUUUAGAGAAAGGGAAAUUAGUUUGAUUAGUUUUUGCUUUGGUAAGAGAGCAUUGAGAUUGGAGGAAAGGGUAUUUGUGACUGUGUUUCAUUGUUUUUAAAAAGUUUGAAUUACACUGUGUUUCCUUUGGGCCAUUAAGCAAAUAAACAGUUGUCAUUAGAGAUACUGAACACCAUCCAAAGAUGAAAAAUGACUUGUCUUUGUGUUACAUGUACAGAAGAAAAUUACCUCUUGCAAAGGAUUUGGUUGAUUCGGUUUGAUUUUGACUUAGCAUUUUGCUGUGGUCACAUCUUUAAUAUCUGUGCUACAUCUCAUAUAUAUGGGAGGAGGGGACAUAACUGCUGUUCCUUUGCUUCUUAAGGACGUUUAAUGAGCAAACUAAUGAAUUAAUAUUCAUUCCUCCAAGGAAAGUUUUCAUUUCAGGAGUAUUAACUAGUCAUCUAUAAUAAGGAGCAGCAGGCUAUGUAAUACCUCACAUGUGUUCCACAGCCUUGCUCCUUAAGAAAAAAGCCUCCCAGAUCUCAGUGUUGUAUGAACAUCAGUUCAGCCUUAUACAUCCCUGUGAGGUAUAAUUACCCUCAUUUCACAUUCGGGGCAACUGAAGUGACUCGCUCCAAAGUGACUUUGCAAAAACUGCUUGGGCCUCGGGUUGUGAUCCGAUAAAGAACUUUGGUCUUAGGCAGUAAAGGAAAAUCCCUAAUUGUGCAUCACAACCAAAGAUUUAGAAAGGGGAGAAAAUUUGAGCUAGCAGUGGACAUUUCUAUUUGAAUUAAUUCGUAUCAGUUUCCAGGAUUUUUUUUUUUUUUUAAGGUGAGAAACUAUGAGACCAAAACACACACACAUAAAAAAAAAAAAAAAAAACUGAGGACUGGAGCAUCUUAGUCUCUUUAGCUGCAUCUAAUAACUAGAAUGCAUUGUGUACAUGCCCCUCAGUUAAUUUAAGAAAGAAGGACGUCUCAUAUUGCCAUAUGUGGAGAGAUUAAGAAUGGUAGCUUUAGUCUUUAUUUUUUGUUCUGGAAACGUGCUUUUUACAUUUGAAUGUAUAAAAAUAUUUUUUGACUCUUCUCAGGGAUCAAAAUUUAAAUUUUACUGACUGUAGCGGAAGGUAAAUCUCUUAAACUUACUCAGGUUUCCUCUCUUUUUGCCUCCAUAUUUAAGAAAACAUAGAAUGCCUGCCAGGGAAAUAUUUAAAAAUCAGCAUUCCAAAUACAAUUUAAUAAUACCAAAUUGUAAAUAAACCAAUUUUACAAACAAAAA